AUGUCUAAUGAUUUGUAUCACUGCCAGAGAUGCAAUUCGCCUAUAAAUUUAGACAGUACAUUGCUAAAAGUAUCACCACAACAAUUGAGGCUUUUGAUAAAUAGGAGUCUCCCUGGUGGCGAUUUAGAAUCAGACAGAAAUCAUGUAUCAGAUUGUGAUCCAAGUACCUUCAUCCCACAAGACAGACUAGAGCUUUACAGUACUGUAAGUAAUAAUAAUCUGCCCAUCAAGUUUACAGAUCUUAUUGAAGUUGCUGACAAGUCUGAUUCUGCUAUAUUAAACUCUAAUUCAUACGUCUUACUACCGGAAGAUGAAAAUGCAGUUAAAAGUAUUCCUAAAGACUCACAAGGUUUGAAGGGAACUGAUCAAAUAGAUGAUCCUUCUAAUUCAAUUUCUUCUAGGAUUCGUACAUUAGCAGUAAUAUUCGAAAUAUUAUCUACUAACCAAGAUGUCGAUCAUCCAUUGUGUUCAGACUGCUCUAACAUGUUGAUUGAUAAUUACAGAUCGAAAUUCGAUAAGAGUCAGAAGGAGAAGGAAAGUUAUUUACAAUUUUUGAGGAAAUUGAAGGAUAAAGAUGCGAUGACAAAUAUUAAUAACGACGAAUUGGAUCUGAUCAUAUCUAAGUCAAUUGAGGAGUUCCAUGAUCUAUCAUUGAAAGAGUAUGAGAAUCUAGAUAAACUCAAAUACUUGGAGGUGAAGAAACUAGAGUUGGAAUCAGAAUUGCAUCACUUAGGAUCAGAGCUAAGGCGGUUAAAUGACAGUGACCUAACGGCAGCCCUCGCCCUAAAGAAUAAGCUUACUUUGAAAUUGUCAGAGCAAAGGGAUAAGCUUGAUCAAUCUAGGGCAUCGUAUAAUAACCGUAUGAACCAUUUGGAUAUGCUUAGAAAUAUAAAUAUUUACUCCACUUUCUUUCAGAUAUCAUUCGAUAAGGAUGAUAUUUAUGGGACCAUAAAUGGAUUUAGAUUAGGAUAUCGAAUCCCGUACCCAGAGAUCAAUGCAGCACUCGGACAAAUAGUAUUAUUGUGCAUAUUUUUGGUAAGACGACUCAAAUUUAAGUUAAAAGAUUAUAAGCUCAUCCCUAUGGGUUCACAAUCUCAAAUAAUUAAUUAUUCAAUCUCAAAUAACCAUGAUCAGAGAAAAGUGAGGACAAAAUCCAUUUUAAACUUAUAUGCUUCGAACGAAUUUUCGCUAGGAAAGCUCUUUAAUUUCAAUAAGUUAGACGUAUCCAUGAUAGCCCUCCUUGACGUUGUAUCGCAAAUAGAGAACAAGUUGAUAAGUAUAGAUCAAGAUAUUGAAAUACCCUAUCGUAUUUCGUCGAGAAAUGACUCGCUAGGAGGAAAAAGUAUAAGGAUUACCUCGAAUGCAGAAUGGACUCAAGGUUGCAAGUUUCUCUUGACUAAAUUGAACUGGAUACUUUCGUAUACUAGUGCACAUACUUCUCCUACAUAA